AUGGCAGAAGCGGAGUUACAAACCUUUACUUCGGUAAUGGACGCGUUGGUUCGCAUAAAUUCCAACAUGAAGAGUGUGGAGCAGGAGCUGCACUGCCCCGUGUGUGACGAGAUGGUGAAGCAGCCCAUCCUCCUGCCCUGCCUGCAUAGCGUGUGUCUGCUGUGUGCUGCCGAGGUGUUGGUGCAGAGAGGCUACCCACCUCCGGACCUACCCCCCGAGCCCAACUCGCCGGCCUCCACCCCCAACACGCGGUCUCCACGACAGGCGCGCGGGCCCGCCCCGAGGACCCCGGACCGCCUGGAGCGGGUCAUCCGAACAGCUUGCGGGACAUACCCCGGACGAAGGCGUAGGGACCCGGCCCAUCCCCCCAUGCUGUUCCCCUGUCCUUCCUGUCAGCAGGACGUGGAGCUGGGAGAGAGGGGGCUGACGGAGUGCCUCCGCAACCUGACUCUGGAGCGCAUCGUCGAGAGGUAUAAGCACACGGUGAGCCUGGGCAGCGUGGCCAUCAUGUGCGGUUUCUGUAAGCCUCCCCAGUCUCUGGAGGCCACCAAGGGCUGUGCCGACUGCAGGUCCAACUUCUGCAACGAGUGCUUCAAACUCUACCACCCCUGGGGGACUCCCCGGGCCCAGCACGAGCACAUCCUGCCCACCGCCAGCUUCAGGCCCAAGGUCCUGACCUGCACAGAACACGAGCAAGAGAGGUUGCUGUGGUACUGCCGCGGCUGCCAGAAGCUGCUGUGUCCUCUCUGUAAGCUCCGGCGCAUCCACCACGGACACAAAGUCUUGCCGAUGGCACAGGCCUACCAGGCCCUCAAGGAUAAGAUCGCCAAGGAGGUCAACUACGUCCUGGCCAAUCAGGAGACGGUGCAGAAACAGAUCAGCCGGCUGGAGAGCGCCAUCGCACAGAUGGAGGUGAACAGCGCGGUGGCUCAGGAGCACCUCACCAAGUGUAUACGGGAGCUGGGGGCGGCUCUGGCGGAUCGUCAGACGGCCCUGGCUCUGGCCCUGGAGGGGGCCCGGACCCGGAAAGGAGAGGCCCUGUCUGUCCAGGUUUCGGAGAAGAGGGGGCUGCUGGAGCACGCCGGCCUAAUGGUCUACACGCAGGAGCUGCUGAAGGAGACCGACGCCCCCUGCUUCGUACAGGCCGCCAGAGUCACUCACAACAGGCUGGUGAAGGCAAUAGAGAACCUCCAUUGCUUCUGUCUGUCGGCCGAUCCCUCCUUCAGAUACUUUGACAUGGACGCAUCCAAAGAGCUCAAGCACAUUAGCGGCCUGGAGUUCAUACGCGCCCCACUGGCUCCUGUAAUCGACACCCAGAAGACGCUCGCCUACGACCAGCUGUUUCUAUGCUGGCGCCUCCCCCAGGACUCCGCCCCAGCCUGGCACUUCUCCGUGGAGUACCAGCGGCGUGUGGGAGGGGCGGGGGCCAUGUGGGGCGGGAUCAGAUCCCCCGACGCCGCGACGGCAUGGCAGCGGCUGGACGAAGUGGGCGGGACGAGCGCCGUGAUUGACAGACUGGAGAUGGACAGCGUUUAUGUGCUGAGGGUGCGCGGCUGCAACAAGGCCGGUUUCGGGGAUUACAGCGAGGAGGUUUAUCUCCAGACGCCGCCCGCACCAGUGUUGAGUUUCUCCCUGGACUCUCGCUGGGGGUUGCAUGCUGACAGGCUGGCGCUGGGUAAGGGGCAGACCUAUGCCCGCAGUGUGCCCGGACUCUCCCUCCUGCAGGCCGCCGACCGCGCACUCACUUCCUGCCACUUGACCUCUGACCUGCUGGUGGCCGACGUGGCUGUCACACACGGCAGACACUACUGGGCAUGCUCCGUCGAGCCUGGAUCCUAUCUGGUCAAGGUCGGGGUGGGCCAGGAGGCUAAGCUACAAGAGUGGUUCCAUCUCCCCCAGGACAUGGCUAGUCCCCGAUGUGACCCAGACAGCGGCCAUGACAGCGGGGCAGAGGACGGCCAGGACUCUCCUCCGUUCUGCUUCCUCACCAUCGGCAUGGGGAAGAUCCUGCUGCCCCAAGGACCCGGUCAGAGUCACGGGCCGGGGCACAGCCAGAGCCAGGCCAGCGUCAGCUCCCACCACAGCGGCCACAAUAACCCGUCCAACACGCACACGAUACCGCUGCCGCCCCGGCUGGGGGUGUGCCUGGACUUCGACAAGGGACGCGUCGCCUUCUACGACGCCCACUCCCUGCGCAUGCUGUGGGAGGGGCAUGUGGAUUGCUCCGCCCCGGUCUGCCCGGCCUUCUGUUUCAUCGGCGGCGGGGCCCUGCAGCUGCAGGACCUUGUGGCCAACCGCAGCAUAGAGGAGCCGCCGCCUCGGAGGGUCACCAUCCAGCCGCGCGCCACAAAUCUCGGCAAAUAA